CGAGAUAAGAUGGUAGUUUAUAUAAGCUUCUACAUAGUUUACAGAAACAAAGGCACUCUGAUUGGUAGGCUAACAUUGUUUACCUUUUCCUUAAAGUGGCUUGAGCCUUACACUAUAAACGUAUACUAAUUCACACCCAGACAGCCGAGUGGUCCCCGUCACACCUUAAUACUAUUUCUAUCUGCGCCACAAGCUCUGAAUUUCUAACUGCGUCAGAGGCUUGAAGGCCUCACCAGGCCCAAAUCUGAGGCCUAGACUGGAGUAGCUCAAAUCUCAUAACUCAUGUCCUCUUUCUCUGAAAAAUGCUGCAACACACACCAGCUUUGGCUGCCCUCUGGCAGAGAAGCCCUUUUGGGGCACAGGUUUCUGGGGCAGCAGACGGGCACCGGUGCUGCCAGGGCUCGGGGGAACUCUGCUUCGGCGGGGACUGUGCCUCAGCGGCUGAUGUCAGCGCUCCCCGGGCCCCAGGGUCAGAGCAGCAUUCCUGCCCUGGCCCACACGUUCCUGGUCUGUGUCACACGGCCGUGCUUAGGAUGGCCACCAUGUGGGACGUGUCCCGAGGAGGCCGUGCCAGCUUCUGUGCAGGGCCCCGUGCCCUUCCUGCCGCGGCUGCGUCGGCAGCCCUGGGGGCUCCUGCUGCCCUGAGCCCGCAGAGCAGGGCAGCGUUUGCUGAUGGUCUGAGCCGUUCCUAAAGAUCCUGUUGGGCUGUCUGACACACUUGGGGCAAGGCAUUCCUUCCAACCUGGGCCACUCUGGGGGGCUGGGGGUGGCCCCAGGGCAGGUGGCAGAGUGUGCAAGGGCCCUUUGUGACACGCUGCAGCAUGGUCACCAUGGAAUGGAACGGGACAGGGUAUCCAAGGGCCCUUUGUGACACGGUGCAGCAUGGUCACCGUGGAAUGGAACGGGACAGGGUAUCCAAGGGCCCUUUGUGACACGCUGCAGCAUGGUCACCGUGGAAUGGAACGGGACAGGGUAUCCAAGGGCCCUUUGUGACACGCUGCACCAUGGUCACCGUGGAAUGGAACGGGACAGGGUAUCCAAGGGCCCUUUGUGACAUGCUGUGGCAAAGGUGUUGGCAGUGACGAGGCCACUCCACAGUGCUCUGUGCACGCGACAAGACAGGAUGGAGAGAGCGGUGCUGUGAGGAGCCCUCGCACAGCCACUCGUUCCUUGCUGACCUGGAGCUUUCCCGAGGUAUUACUCCUGCAGGUGACCUCGUGGCCAGACCAGAGCACUUGGUGACCUCUGGCCUUCCCGAGGCAUCUCUUCUGCAGCUGCCCUCGAGGGCAGACUGUGGCAUUUGCUUUGCACAGUCCUUGACAGGAGUCUCCCGUCCUUGUGGCUGGAGCCCCCAAGACCAGAGUGCAGGAUUUGCUGUCCUGUAGCCUUGCCAAGACUUCACUCUUGCAGGUGCCCUCAAGGCACGACUGCAGCACUUGCUGACUCGGACCUUUUCCUUUUCACCUUCUGCAAGUAGCCAUGAAUCCAGGCAGUGACGUAGAGCACAGACCUGCGAGUGUGCCCAAGCUGGCCUGGGGGAAGGAGGAGAAAGAAGGCCCUGGAGCUGCCCCAGCACAGCAGCCUGAAGAGGUGGAGCAGUUCCAGCUACCACAGAAGGGUGCAGCCGUGCAGCGCACACGAGAGCAGGAACGCACCCGUGGCCGCUUCCGCAGAACAGCGCAGAUGGUUUGCAGAGUCAUGAAGAGGAUUCGGGAGGAAGAGAGCAGCGUCAUGGGCACUGUGGUCAGAGCGUACUCUCCCAUCUUCAAAACCAAGGCCAGUGCUGCCCUGCUGGAUAUGCUUGUGGAGGAGGGUCCUUCCAGCCCAAAGCAACUGCCUGCCAUGGUGAGGUACAUCCUCGUGGCCAAUGAGUUUCCUGAGUACAAUCUGUACAGGCCCCUCCUGGAUCUGACAGAGGCACAGCCCUCUGACGUGGUGAUGGCUCUCCUGCGUGUGGCCCCAGUGUGUGACAGAGCUGCUUUGGCCAUGUGGAAGAGCAUCAUGUGCUCACCCAGGACUGCAGAGCCGGCCAUGCUCGUACUCCUCGAUGUGCCGGGGAGCUGGCCAGAGCACAGCACGUGCACCUCCAAUGGGGACCACACGGCUGUCCUUGCCCUGGCUGCAACUGUGGUGAUGUGGAAGAUCCUCCAGCUGCCCUGUGUCCCACAGAUGGUGACCGUGUAUUUCCCCCGCCUGUUUGUCCAUCUGCUCUUCCAAGUGUUCUUCAGCACUCUGGAUAUGCCAGAGGAGGUCGAUACCUUCUGGAAGGGAUGUCAGCAGCAACACGGCCUUGCCACCAACCCCAGCAGGUUUGCAGUGCGGACCCUGAAGUCCCUGCUCUGCCAAAUGCAGCACGAGGAUGUGGUGGUGGCAAUGGAACGCAAGUGUGGCUGGGACACGCUGCUCUGUGCUGACACCCACCACUAUGCCGUGGGUCUGCUGGCCAGGGAGAUGUCCUGUGUCUCCAUCCCCUUGUGCUCCCGGAUCGCUCGCUACCUGCUCCGGCUGCUCAGCACACAGGAGCCACGCUGGGAGCUGCCCUCCCUGGCGUUCCUUGUGGAGGGCCUCGAGUGCCUGGACUUGAGUGAACGCGGUGCUGACAGAGUCCUGCAAAUCUUGUCAAGGCACCUGAGGAGCGAGUGCAAGGAGAGGCGUCACCUGGUGCUCAGGGCCCUUCUCGAGCUCAUCAAGGAUCCCUCGAUGAGAGAAAAAAUGUGGAGCCUGACUGAAAGUCUUGUGGAGCUCCUGUGGGAUGCAGAUGGAGAGAUAGUUAGCAUGACAGCCAUGCUCCUCAACUUUAUCAUCUUGGACAAGGACAUGCUGAUAGCCAGCCCCAUCACACUGCAGCUGGUUGAGGCGCUCCUGCCACUCCUUGACCACGACAAUAGCCAAGUGCAGCUGCUCUCCAUACUCCUCUUCUGAACAUUGAUGACUUUUCCACAGGAAAAAGAAAAAGAGGCUCUGAAGACACACGUGCGCCAGAGCCUGCUGCCACUCUCCUUCCACUGCCAUGAUGAGAACCAGCGAGUGGCACAGGCUUCUCAGGAAACGCUGCUUUGUGCGGCCGAGUUCCUGAAGAGGAGGGAUCUUGAAAAGCUGGUGAAGAACCAGAAGCUGUGGAAGUUCACUGAGUGCCUGGUAAGGAGGGCCGGGAAGCCGCAGCCCCAGCCUGGAGAAGCCCCCUGAGCGCGGUGCUCGGUGUGCGGGCUGGCAGCUGUGCCCCUGCCCGCUGCUGCAGCCCGAGGCCGCGCGGGCUCUGCUCCAGGCUCCUGCGGCCCGAGCCGGGUGCCCAUGGAGCCCCGGCCCGGCGGGGCUGCGGGGCCAACCCUUCCCUCCUGCCGCUCUCUGCAGCUGGCAGAGGACAGCAGCAGCGUGGCCGAGCACCUGCGCCGGGCCCUGCCCUACCUGCAGAGCCCACAGGAGCCCCUGCGAGAGGCGCCGUCAGGUUCAUGGGGAUGGCCGGGAGGAGCUUGAGGGGACAGCAGGAAAAGCUCCAGCUGAUCUGCAAUGCCCUUGAAUGCCUGACAGAGGAUGUCAGUAGUGCCAUGUCAGAGCUGCCACUUCAAACAUUGCAUGUCCUCCGGGCAAUACAGAGUGGGCGAUACUCCAUCUUCCAGAAGCCCUUCAAGCCAUGAGCGAAGAUGACAGCCCAUCCUCCACUAACCUGGAAAUUCAGGCAGUUUUUGGACAAAGAUGUGCAGAACUAAGGUCAUCUGCUGGAUUCAGAGAACCAGGCUCCCAAGCAGAGUACCAGGAGACAGUGAAGAGAGCACCAGGACUCAAUGUCACUGGAGCUCCAGGCACACCUGAUGCUGGCCACAGCUGUGCCUGCUGCAAGCUCCCAUAGCUGCUGCCUUCCCCCUCCCUGUUGACAGCUCCCUCCCUCCAGCCCUCAAACGCUGCCCAUUCCCUUUUUUUGGCCCCCAUCUCAUCCCUUCCCUUUCCCUUCCAUUAAUAAAGAGUUUGGUUUCUCCCCCUUA